CUCUGUGAAGAAAAGUCAAUAAAACAUGUGCUAACCCAGAAACAGCUACCUUAAACGGAGUGGUUUAUCCGCCCUAUCUUUGUCCGGUUUGAGUGUUUGUAGCUGGAAGCUAACAGAACGUGUCCCGCUAGCUUCGCGUUUAGCUGAUUAGCUCUGCUCCUCCCCGGAUGCGGCCGAGCCAGAGUUCACGGGAGCAGCCAUAAGUGCUGUUGGACGCCCUCGCCAUGAUGCUAGGCAGCAGCGCGCUGGUCGUGGUCCUCUUGCUGUCGCAGGCCAGAAGCUUCCUGAGCCCCCCAGAGGACGACAGCAUUCCUGAUGGGUGGGUGUUGCUCCAUGUGGUCCAGGGCCACAUCGGGGCGGGAAACUACAGCUACCUGCGCCUCAACCACGACGGGAGAAUCAUCCUGCACAUGCAGAGCCUCAAGGGUGAUGCGGACCUAUACGUGUCGGAUAAAACCCUCCAUCCCAGCUUCGACACCUACAAGCUGCAGUCGGCCACCUGUGGCCACGAUGUGGUGGUGGUUCCAGGGGAAUUUGCUCGGCCCGUGGGCAUCGGUAUUUACGGGCACCCGUCCCACCAGGAGAGUGAAUUUGAAAUGCGAGUGUUUUAUGAUCAGACUGUACCCCAGGACCCAUUUGAAAAGGGCUCAUACUCGUCCGAACGCGAGCGUGGAGAAAGAAAAGCUGCUCGGGCAGCAGAGGAUGACUUUCAGGAAGAGGAGUCCAUCUUCUGGACUAUUUUGAUUGGACUUUUAAAGAUAAUACUUGAAAUAUUGUUUUGAAAGUAAUUUACUUGGCGUUGUGAUGCGGAGGUGAUUCCUACAUUAAAAUGGACUCGGUGUGUGGAUAGCAGCAGGGAGAGUUGAGGAACACAACAGCUGGUUUUAAAGUGGAAAAGGAUCACGGUGCUGAGCUCGAGGUCUCUGAUGUCCUCCAGAGAACAAAAUGAUCAGAUGAAGGAGCAGAGGACCUUUUCACAUCACCUGUCUUACCUUGAGGAACCUGACUGGGUUUGGUUGUUCAUGCCCAGCAGACUGGGGCGCCUCCUUUGUGGUUAGAGCGGUCUGCUGCUGACUCGUCAGUCUGCCUCUGGCUAGCUCAAAGAUGGACUCCAGCUCUGCACAUCAAAGCCAGAUGACUAGCCACGCCCCCUUUAGGUGGUGACCAUGCAGGGAAAGGCCAAAUAUUACCACUCUGCUCUUAAAACACUUUAAAUCUUCUUGUCAAACAAACUUUAAUCAGUUUCCUUUUCAGGUUCAGCUUUGAUUUAGUUGGUUUUAUUUCUGGCUUCAGCUGUUUAACGAGAGAAUGUGUUGAGACCUCUCUGCCCUUUUGGUUGUUCCUUUAAACGGUUUAUUCAAACGAGGCGGCCGUGUGAAUGCAGCUGUUCCAACAGCUCCAGGAUCUGACCCACUCGGGCUUUGGGAUCAGACUUAAACUCCUCGUGAAUGUGGGGUUUUUUUUUUUUUUUUUUGAAGCGACAGAUUCAACCGCUGAGCAGAAACAACAGUGCCUUGAGACAACUGGAGCAGGUUCUUUUUUAGACAAUUCAGCCAGCUUUCAGAAUAAAACUUUUGCAUAUUUCA